AUGAGCCUCGGCCCGCAAUGCUGGCGCUGCCGCAAAAGGCGCCUACGCUGCGAUUCCUCCCUGCCGUCAUGCCACAAAUGCCUCGCGGCAGACGUCCAUUGCCCCGGCUACGGUGACAAGAAACCGGUAGCAUGGCGGGAUCCCCUGGUCCUGACCAACAGGGGCGUCGUGCGCAUUCGGGAUCCCAAGGAAACAAAGACGUCGUCACCUUCUGCCCCGGCCUCCGUCCUCGGCAUCGUGUGCCGAUCGCCAAGGACGGCCAGCUCCGAGAUGGACCUGAGAAUAGCCGCCGACGCCAUUGAGUACUUCGCCCCGGAUCUGGCGCCGUACGCGACAACACCGAGCCCAUUCCAAGUGUCACUGCGUCAAGUUGGCGAACUCGCCGUGUACUUGAGAAAUGCCUACAUCUCAAUUGCGGCACUGCACCGACACGUUAGCGGCGAGCCUUCGGUCCUUUUCAGGCUCGCAGCAAAUGACAACCGUGUCAGUCCGAGAUCCGUUGCCCGCUCUCACGCGAGGUCGGAGGCGGCCGCGGCGGGAGACUCGGACCUCUUGUGCUUGAUACGAAUGGGGGAUUUCAAGAGCGUCCACUUUGCAUCUCAAGCUGCCGCUUUCAAGGCUUUGGGCGAAGAGUUGCACAGAUACCAACCUGGUGGGUUGACAGACGACUUUGGCCCGAGCAUAUUCCUCGGCAUCAUAGUGAUGCUCUCAUCCCAGAUCCAAUUCUCGGCGUACGCCCCCUGGCAAUCCCAUAUCGACGGGGCAUGGAGUCUGGUCCAAGCCCACGGCGGCUUGGAAGUCGCUGCAAGGAUGGACGUGAAGCUGUGUCGACUGUUACAGCAGUUUGCCCUCCUAGACAUAUUCGGCAUGACCACACACCGUCUCAGUAAAGUGACUGCCGAGACCAUCAUCUCGCGUGCAGUGCCUUAUGCGUCGAUAUUCCAUGACUCUGGUGUCGAUAGUUGCAACCCGUGGCGGCUGAUACCAAACCAACUGGCCAAGGUUUUGAUCCGAAUCAACGUGCUCCGGGCACAAAACGUGCUGUUUGCGAAAGCAAGUCCACGUACAGACGGCCUGUCCGCGAUCUUGGACCACCUCGAUGGCUUGUCUCCUACCCGAUGGGCGGCUGAUGAGAUGUCGACCAACACCACAGCUUUGCUGGCGCCGAGUGAUCUUAGCGAAGACCAGGAGACCAAGGAUGCCUGGGUGGCUUUGAUGACAGCGUAUCGUAACGCUGCUAUCUUAUACGCCAUCAGCAGCCUCACAUCGCUCGGCGGCACAUCUGCAAGUGGAAUCAUUGACUUGCAGGAUCCGGCUCCCUGCUGUGCUGAAAGGCAGCUGACUGCGUACCACGCGCUUCUCGCGUCCCUCCAUGUACUCUUCGAUCAGAGAUCCAGGCGAAGAAGAGAUCAUGGAAUCAACGGGUCGUCAAAAUCCGCCGCUACCAGCGCGGGCCUGCUGCACAAGUUUGUGAUAUGGCCGAUGGUCAUUACUGGUAUCCAUUCCGCACUGGUCUAUCACGACCAAGACGCCACAAGGUUCCUGUGCUCGGAGAUGCAAGCGGUGGGCGAGGAACUAGGCACUGUCAGCAUGAUAGACGGUGCUCGUAUAGUCGAAAGACUGGAGCUUGGAAGAGAGCGCGGCCGCGACGUCUCUUCAUGGGACGACCUGUUCGACGGGGUACCCUUGUUUUUCAUGUGA